CAGACUCCUCCCCUCUGAUCUCUCAGCUGGAGCUGGUGACGUACCGUGGCGGCGAGAUGCAGGAGUGACGGUGACCGGCAGUGAGGUGAAUUGAGAAAGGGAAAUUGUUCUCUGAUCAAGCCAACUAAAGACUUAAUUUCUUGUUAUGCCUCUGGAGGGUUCACAAAAGCUAUUUUUAUUUGGAGCAUAGGAGAAACCUAUUAUAACGAAGUUGUUACUCAUUGAAGUAAUGAAGCACAAAAUAGAGAAAACACUUCAGUGCUCAGAGUGUGACUUGCGCUUUGCAGCUAAAACACAUCUUCUCAUACAUCAGAGGAUUCACACAGGAGAGAAACCGUAUCUGUGCUCAGAGUGUGACAUACGCUUUACACAUAAAUCACAGUUACUAGUACAUCAGAGGAAUCACACAGGAGAGCACCCAUUUAAAUGUUCUGAGUGUAGCAAGUGUUUUACCCGGAAGAUAGGUCUUCAUAGACAUCAGAUGAUUCACACAGGAGAGAAACCAUUUAAAUGCUCUGAAUGCAGCAAGUGUUACAACAGAAAGGCACUACUUGUUAUACAUCAGAGGACUCACACAGGAGAGAAGCCAUUUAAAUGCUCUGAAUGCGGCAAGUGUUAUACCAAGAAGAGAGCGCUUGUUGUACAUCAGAGAUAUCACACAGGAGAGAAACUAUACAAAUGUUCUGAAUGCAGCAAGUGUUUUUCCUAUAAGUCACAUUUUUUUAGUCAUCAGAGGUGUCACACAGGAGAGAGACCAUUUAAAUGCACUGAAUGCAGCAAGUGUUAUACUGAGAAGCAACAACUUGUUGUACAUCAGAGGAUUCACACAGGAGAGAAACCAUUUACAUGCUAUGAAUGCAGUAAGUGUUUUUCCCAGAAGGCACGGCUUGACAGACAUCAGAUGAUUCACACAGGAGAGAAACCAUUUACAUGCUUUGAAUGCAACAAGUGUUUUUCCCAGAAGUUCCAGCUUGUUAGUCAUCAGAGGUUUCACACAAGAGAAAAACCAUAUAAAUGUUGUGAAUGCAGCAAGUGUUUUUCAGUGAGGUCAAAUCUUAUUAGACAUCAGAGGAGUCACACAGGAGAGAAGCCUUUUAAAUGUUUUUAGUGCAGCAAGUGUUAUACCCAUAGGUCAAAUCUAGUUAAGACAUCAGCGGUGUCACACAGAAGAGAAAUCAUUUACAUGUACUGAAUGCAGCAAGUGUUUUACCAAGAAAAGAAAACUUAUUACUCACAUGAGGAGUCACUCUGAGGCUUUGAAUUUGGCACGUGUUACAUAAGUUAAGUGAUAUCAUCUCAAUGGGCCUGAUUCUGAGAUGGAAGCGUGGCAUGAGAAAGCAGGUAACUUUGCACUUCGACAAAUCAUGUUGCACUGCAAGGGGUGCAAAUACAUUUAUUAUUUUUGCCAGGGGGCAAAGUUACUAUUUUUUUUUAUGUACUCUCUUCUCUGAAUUGGCCCCAAUAUUCCUUAGAGAGAUGUGAUUUUAUUUUUCUUACUGAGACAAGUAUUUUAUAGAAAUUCAAACCCUUUAUUAAAGGCAGUCGAUUAAUGACAAGAGGACUUUUGGGCAUUUUCCCCUUGGGAUGGUCUCUGUUAGGAUCUAGAGCUGCAGUAUAACAACAGACAAUGGAGACGGGGCUGCCAUUACUGAGCUCUGUAAUAUACAGCUGAUAUACACAUGCAGGUGCUGGGAUUAGUAGAGGAAAGAACUUUCUGUCCAAUAGACAGCUCCAGCAGCUCCUCGUAGUACUGGGAUUCCUAUGACAGGCAAUGCUGGGAGAACUGGAUAUUUCUACAGGAACAUUGGGGCAGUUGUAUUAACCUGGAGAAGGCAUAAGGAAGUGUUAAGCGCAAGGUGAUAAACCAAUCAGCUCCUGUUACUUUACAUAUUGGAGCUGAUUGGCUAGUGCGUUUAUCACCUUGCACUUAUCACUGAAACACUUCCUUAUGCCUUCUCCAGGUUAAUACAUCUGCCCCAAUGUAUGCUGUUCUGUCUCACCCUACAGGUUAUAGAUACUAAACCAGUUUUUAAAGCCACCAAUUCUCAGUGUGUGAGCGCUCAAUAUUAACCACUUAACUGACUAUUUUUUCUUCCAAAAACCGCUCAGAAAUUGACUUUUUUUAAUGAGUAAAUUAGGUGAAAAACGUAUUUAACCUUAUCCACAAUGAUUUUAGUGAAAAAUAGGAUUUUAAUUACCUACCGGUAAAUCCUUUUCUCGUAGUCCGUAGAGGAUGCUGGGGUCCAUUUUAGUACCAUGGGGUAUAAACGGUUCCGCAGGAGCCUUCAGCACUUUAAGACUUUUCAACAGUGUGAACUGGCUCCUCCCUCUAUGCCCCUCCUCCAUCUUCAGUAUAGGAACUGUGCCCGAGGAGGACAACUUCGAGAGAAGAAUUUACAUUAAACUAGUGUCGAGAUUCACACCAGCUCACACAAUACAAAACAUGCCGCCUAACAUGGCUUUCAACAUAACCUAUGCUAACUUGCAUGCAUAACGCAACAGCAACAGCUGUGAACAUCUUAACAUAUGAGAACCUGUGUAAAAGAUAAAAUUAAAUUCUGCAGGAAAAAUGAGCAUCCUCUAUGGACUACGAGAAAAGGAUUUACCGGUAGGUAAUUAAAAUCCUAUUUUCUCUUACAUCCUAGAGGAUGCUGGGGUCCAUUUUAGUACCAUGGGGAUGUACCAAAGCUCCUAGUACGGGAGGGAAAGUGCUAAUGUUCCUGCAGAACUGACUGACCAAACUGAAGGUCGUCAGCAGAUAAGUGUCAGGAAUCGGAGAUCAGCUGCGUCUUACCUACCAGCGCGCUGGUGUGCAGGCCUCCGGAGGUCAUGGCCCCAGUCGCGGCUGUAUGGAUGCGCUGACCGUGAGCGUCAUCUCCCGUGUCGCUGAGUACCCCUGAGACUGGUCCUGCGUUUGUGUUCCGCUGUGUGUCGGCAUCCGGUCCGUGUGGAUGCUGCUAUGUCUCCUGCACUCAGCUAAUCCCGGCAUCUAAUCCAGCCCUGUGUUUCCAGCCAGAACACUGUGACCAAUCACUGCAGAGCAAGGGGUAUAAGUUCCUGUCCGGGGCUCACUCUCAUCGCCUCGGACAACGAGUCACAUACCCUGUGUCUAGUUCUCCCAGUUCCUGCGUUCCUGUUUUCAGCGUUCCCCUGUGGAUACUUCAUUUGUUCCAGCUUCCAUUUCUACAGCUCUCCUGUUAUUCUGGAUUUCAGCUACAUCCAGCUUCAAACCCAUCAACAGUAAGAGACUCUCCUCAGGUGUUCUUUCUCAUUACUUACCUGUGCACUAAUUGUCAGCAUACCAUCUGUGCAACUCAGCCGUAUAACAUCUACUGGCUUAGAGAUUGUUUCCUAAGUGUGGCUAUAUGGACUUGUGCUUUACAGAGACUGUGAGUUACUCAUAUAUUCCGGAGUUCUGCUUUCCUAACCAUUAUCAGUUUACCCUGUGUUAUUCAGAGACUGUGUAUUUCCAAAUACUACUGGAGUUCUGUUAUUUCACCUGCAUUCAUUAUCAAGUUAUUUUACGUUCUGCUGCAAGAGACUUUUAUGUUGUUUGUAUUCAGUUACUUGUCACAGUUUUCCACAUUACCGGUUUCCAUUGUAUUCAGCAUUAUACCAUCUGCUUUGCAUUAAUAAAUAUUAGCGCUUAUGCGCAGGACUUUCA